CAGUUACGGGUCUGCCCCGUGCCGUUUGAUAACGCGCUAAAUGUGCACUUUCCGCGCGCGGGGCCGUGUGCCCGCAUCCGCAACCCUCCGCCGGCUGCGCCAGUCGCACGUUGGCCGAUGACGGACGCGCACGGGGUGAAAGCGAACGCGUCUCCGACCGGCGGCACACGCUACCUGCGGGACGGCAUCGGUGCGAGCGUGCCGGCGUCGAUGAGGAGGACGGCGGACACCGCGGCGGUAUAAUGGCACCCAGGAAGCCGACCAAGUACGACGACUCGUAAAACCCGCCAAGAUGGAAUUGCGCAAGGGCUCCUGGAAGAUCGCGAUCCUCGUGUGCGCCCUGGUCAUCUACCUGUGGAUGCUCUUCGUCGAUCACUCGCACAUGCUGGCCGACAUGUCGCAGAGGAUCACGCUGCAGCGAGCGCGGAUCUCCGCGCGGAACGUCCUGUACCAAGGUCCGGAUCGACCGAGGAUCGAGGAGGCGCUUGCGGACGGCCGGACGGAUCCGAAGAAGCCGCAGCCGCCCUCGCCACGGAACGCGAGCGGCGCGCCCGAGAGAGGCGCAUCGGAUUAUCAGACGCUCAAGCAGCAAGUGCCAAGCCGGCAAUUGCCGACCGCCCUGAUAAUCGGCGUGAAGAAAGGCGGGACGAGGGCACUUUUGGAGUUCCUGCGGCUGCACCCCGCGAUACGCGCCGCCGGCUCCGAGGUUCAUUUCUUCGAUCAUCACUACGUCAAGGGGUUCCGUUGGUACAGGCGCAGGAUGCCCCCGACUCUGGUCGGCCAGAUCACCAUGGAGAAGACGCCGUCGUAUUUCGUGACGAGCGAGGUGCCGAAGAGGGUGAAGCACAUGGACCCGGGGAUGAAGCUGAUCGUCGUGGUGAGGGACCCGGUGACCCGGGCGAUCUCCGAUUACACGCAGGUGAAGAGCAAGCGUCGCAAGAUGCCGCGCUUCGAGGACCUGGCCUUCCUGAACGGAUCGCGAAUCGUGGACACCUCCUGGAUGCCGCUGAAGAUCGGGGUGUACGUGCGGCAUCUGGAGCGGUGGCUGCAGUACUUCCCGCUGUCGCAGUUCUUAUUCGUGUCCGGCGAGCGUCUGAUCGCCGACCCGGUGAUGGAGAUCACCCGGGUGCAGGACUUCCUGGGCCUGAAGCGGGUGAUAUGCGAAAAGCACUUCUACUUUAACGCCACUAAGGGCUUCCCCUGCUUGCUCAAGUCCGAGGACCGCGCGACGCCGCACUGUCUCGGUAAGAACAAAGGUCGCAGUCAUCCCUACAUCAAUCCUAUGGCUGUGCAGCGUCUUCGAGAUUUCUAUCGGCCGUUCAAUCAGCGAUUUUAUCAAUUGGCGGGUAUGGAUUUCGGCUGGUACUAAAAUCCACGCGUAUUACAUACAUACAUAUCGUAAGCAGGAAAACGGAACGGAGUCAAUUCUCGUUGUGUAUCAAGUACCUAUUGGUACUUAUCGAAUACGAUAUCUAGUUACGCCUGAAUAUCUGUAAUCUGAUAGGAACAUAUGUACAUUACAGUCAUAUCGGAACGCGCCGUUAGUCCAUAGCGUUUGAACGAAACUUUUCCGAAAUCUUGCUUCCGAUGAUGUAGCCUUCAGAGUUUCGUCAGGUUUUAAUCUUGUCAAAUUUAAUUGCGAGAGAAUAUGCAUAUCUUUUCUAACUUUUUGUUAUCACUAAUGUAAUGUAAAUAAUUUAAAGGAAUUCCAUAUAUAUAAAACUUUUUGAAGUCUUGCUUUCGAUAACGCAGUCAUCAGUUUCAUCUUUUCAAAUUAAAUUGCAAGCAAACAUCCGAUACAGCACAGGAGCUUGCAGCAACAUAAUUCCGUUAAUAAAAGAAAAAUUUGAAGAUUAUACAUCUCCGUUGUUAAACGAAAAACUUGAAAAGUAUACAUUUUAACAUCGACACCGUACAAUAAACGUAACUGAGGUAAUGGUUAAUCGAGACACAAUCGUCCGAAAAUAAUCAUAUGUAUUUUCAUUUAUAAAUUCCGUAUAAACUAGUAUUAAUAGAUAAAUACUACUUAAAGCAUUCGAUUUAAUAUUUCAAGUAUUAUUUCGCGUUUUCAACCUAGAUACAGCCAACAAAUUAUAUAUAUUUUCAUUUAUAAAUUUCGUAUAAACCAGUAGUAUUAAUAGAUCACCGAUAAACGUUAGUUAAAGCACUUAAUAUUUCAUCUAUUAUUUCGCGUUUUCAACCUAGAAACAGCCAACAGAUUAUACUCGAAGCGACGAGAGAUUCAAUGCGACGAUACGAAAUGUGUCCGAAUACGGGCAUUGUUUGAACAUCUUUUCUAACAUAUCUUUUUAUCGUAUUGAUUUAAUAUAGCGUUAUAAUAAAAUUAAUUUAUUAGAGCUCCGUAUAUAAUAGAAACCAUUGUGUUCCAUUUGUUAUUUGUAACAUAGAUUAUUUAGAUUUGUAGUUUAGUGUAUAUUAGAUUACCACUGUAAAAUUAAUAGAAAGGAACGAUAUCUCUUAGAAUUAUGAGGAGUACAGUUGCCGUCCGGAAGUCUUUACGAAAAGAAACCGCGACAUAUCUACAAUUAUAUCCUAUAAUUAUAUAUAAUUAUUAUAACGAAGCUAUUACAAUAAUGAAAUUAUAUCUCAGAAUCAUUUUGAAGAUAUACUUCUAUACGAAAUAAAAGGAAUAUAAAUUCACUAUGAAUAUAUACAUUAAUGAUACGUGCGAAAAUAAACGGGAGCUAUAGUUUCUUUAGACUUUAGAACAACGUUAGUUCUGCUGAAUAAGACGAAUUUAGUUUAACACAUCGUAAUUAGCUGACCUGAAUGCCAAUAUUAGAAUGCAUUACCGGAUCUUCACUCUUGGGAGAUUUCUUUUUAAUUCUGUAGAAAUGACAGAUAUUAGCGCAAUCUCAAUGCAUCGCUUUGUAAAUCGGUGAACUCAUGUACAAUGUAACAGCGAUUAUUGUAACAAUUGUGCAACGAAGGGACGAGGCAAUUAAAAAAUUACUACCGGGCGAAAGUUUAUAAGUGCUGACCGUAUUAUAAAAAAAUUGUAUCUUGAAAACUUUUGAAACAAUUCAUUUAACUGUAUUAUCAAAGUUUUAAGUAAUUCACGUGUAAUUAUAACAAAAUCUUCCAUGUCGCAAUACAAGUUGCACCAACUAUAUAAUAUUGUAUACAUGAAGUCGCGAUCUUUAAGUAAAAAGAAAGAAUUUAUACAUAUUGUAUCUGUAAAUUAUAUAUUUUAAAAUGUUAUAUUCUACAUUUAAUUCGCAUGCAUACAAUUUCUUUAUUUUUUUGUAUAUUCGAUACUCGAUCUUACAAUCUCUUCGCCCUCGUUAACAAUCCAAUUGUGCAUUUGUCUUUAAUGUAAUAUAUAGUAUGACAAUGACGAAUAAGUAUAAAUAUAAUAUUAAAAUUCGCUAGUUCCUAAGCAUUAAAAUCUAGUAAAUGCAAAUUAGCAAAGAUACGGAGUAUUUAUGGAGCAGCUAGACAGGAGAGCUCUUAUGUAAUUAAGUCACGAGUCAGAGAUUUAAUUAUGCAGGAUAUAACGUAAAAUACGGGAACGGAAAUAAUGAGAACAUUUCUUGAACAAUUACAUAUCGGAGUCGGUUUUCCCAACGAAACAUGGGCGUAUUUUUAGCUCUGCAAGUGGUGAAAUAAGCACACGCUUGUCGACUCCUGCGUUUCACGAUAUAUUCUGCGUAAAUCAGCGUUAAUAAUAAAAUUAAUCUAAGGAGAACAGUAAAUUAUGAGACAAAUCCGAAAACGACGGAGUUAAUUUUCGGGCAUACGGAGAAAAGUUAGCGAGGUAUACAAGUUUAGACAAUUAGAGUGCAACGUAUGUUAAUACAUUUUGUAUGUAAGAAAGAGUAAUAGUUAACUAAUGUAUUUACUCGACGACGAUUGGAGGGCUAUUUAUCUAGUACGUAAGAACGAAAGUAGAUAGCGUUUAGCGAUACGAUCCGUGCGAGUGACGAACGAUGUAAUAGUGAAGCACAGUGCUUUUGCUCAAAUUGUACCACAGGAGGCUGUCAAUACUAAUAUAAGUAUUUCGUACAUUGUUUUAAAUAUGUUUUGAAUACAGGCUAUUUGACAAAUAGAGCAAAA